CGAAAUCCUGUUUCUCCAGACCUGUGGACCAACUUGUGAAAAAUUCUGGGAACGAUUGGGAGGGAUUUGUAAUCUGAAAUUUUUAUAUAAUUUUUCUGAAUAUCUCUUGUGUAUCUCAUAAAAGUUUCAGGUGAAUUUCUCAUAUGGAUUGGCUGCUAAAAAAUCCACAAGUUCACUAUCUCCAGAAAGCCUACUGUGCAAAUUUCAGAAUUGUCAAAGCUUCUUGAUUGAGCAUUUCUAACUCUCUUUCUACUUGUUUGGUGUUGUUUUUGAUUUUUUUUAUUUUUAUUGUUUUUAAUUCUAAUAGAAAAAAAAAGAAAAAAAAAUUUCUCUUGAUUUUUGUUUGCUUGCAUUUCCACUCAUACACUUGCAAAGGGCAUAUCAUUUGAGCUUCCUUGGUCUUUCCAUCAUUUUGAGCUUGAAUUUGAAUCAUUGCUUGUGGAUAUAAAUUUCAUUGCAUUUUAUGGCUUGGUUUCAUGAUCAUGAUUCAUUCCAUCAUUCAUUUGACAUCCAUUCCCAUCCAUUUCUAGCACCUAACAUUGACCAUACAUCCCAUUUCCAUAAUCAAUUUCAACAAUAUAACUUUGAUUAUCCACCCCCAUAUCAUGAUCAUUUCCAUCCAAGUCACAAUUAUGAAUUUUUCAAUCCCAUGAGUUUUGAAUCCAAUCUAAGCACUCAUGUUGAGAGUACACCAUCCAUUGACAUUGAGCAUCUAGAAAAAUUAUAUGCACAAAGGGGUAAAUUUUAUUGUGUGCAUUGUGAGGCUAUCUCCCACUUCUAUUAUGAUUGUCCUAUUCUAAAAGGAUAUUGUGAACCACAUGGAGUAGCCCAAGCCUCACAAGAGAGAAAUUACAUGUUUCAAGUUGAAGACACACAAAAAGUUGCUCAUGAAGCUAUUGAGAAUAUAAAUACACCUCAAGCCACUCAAUCUCCAAAAGAGAAGGAGUCAAUCCAACCCUUACUUCAAGAGGUAAUUUCUCCUAUUCCUAUUGAGGUUGAUUCUUCUUCACAUUUGACUUUAUCUAAUGAUGAGCAUAAUGAUUUAAAUGAUGAUGACGUAGAUGAAGAAAUUAUAGUUGAAUCACCUUGGAUGUUUGAGCAUGAAUCAUAUUGUGAAAAAGUAUACCCUUGGGAGAAAAACACUUUGAGUUCACAUGAUAAUUCUCUUGAUUUAAAUUCAAAUAUCAUUGAAAGUGUUGACUCUUCACUUAGCUUGAAUAAAGAAAAUGAAAUGGAUGUUGAUGGUGGCGAUGAUGUAUCUUGUAUGCUUGAAAUUCCAAUUCCUUCUUGUGAUAUUGUUAAUAGUGCACAUGCACUUGUUUCUUCUAACCAUGAUGUGCUUGAGAAAGGUUGUUUACCUUCUUUUGUAGGUGAACAAGGCAAUGUAGCCAAACCAUCUCUUGAUUUCAAAGAGGAACUUGCUCAACUUGAAAAGGCUGUAGCUCCUACUAAGGAUUUGAACAAGGAAUUGAAAAUAACUCAAGAUGACAAGGAGGUUGAAAAUCAAGGAAUUGAUUUUACAAAGCCAAAUAGUAAUGAGAAUAAUAUUGAUUUAAUGCUUGAUGAUUUUGAUGAUGAGUUGGCUUUGUUUCAUAGUACUUGUUCUAAUUUCCUAUUCACUUGUGAUUGUUCACAUGAUUCUCCAUGCCCUAUUUGUUUAGAAAUUAAUUCAUUUGUGCUUGAAAAUAGUAGCAAUCAUUUACUUGAUAAAAUAAUUGAUGAUGUAUGUUUGAGUGAAAUUAAUCAUGAGUGCACUUCUUUAGAACCCAAUAUGCUUGAGGAAGGGUUCUUUGUUGAUUUUAUAGGUCUAAAUGAUGAUAUGGCCAAGAACCCCCAUGUACUUAGAGGAUUUAUCAUUGCAAUGGAAGAGACCUUGGCUAACCAUGAAGAUGAUCAACCACAUAAAGUUAUGAAAGAUUCUACACCAUACAUCUUGGAGCCAUUACAAAUUGAUCUUGAGCCUCCACCUAAGAUGCUUGGAAUGAAGAUGAUAAUGAGUAGCUUCAUGUUACUCCUCAAAGAUGAAAAUUUCAACUUCAAGAGCUUGUGGAGAUUUAAACUAGGUGGCAUGUGACUUGUGCAUCAAUUGGGCAAUUGAGGUCAACACUCCUUGAGGUCAAUGGCUGAUGGUUUGCACGUGAAUUAUGAUUAUUUUGAGAGGUUAAAUCAGCUAAAAUGAUGUGGAUGACACAUGGGAAAUUAGGCACACAUUGGAAUCAUCUACAAACCAAUAGGAAGUUGCCACCUUGCAAGUGUGACAAGGCUCCCAUUUACAUUUAAUUUCUUUUUCCUUAUUUUAAUUAAGCUUCAGCUGAUGGGAGACACCAAGGAGCACGCCAUUUUAAGCCUCAAAUGGGAUCCAACACAUAUCUCAUUCAUCUUCCACAUUCUCUCUCUCUUGUUCAUAGUGUUCUUCAUUUUCUCUCUUUUGUUCUUCAUUUUCCAGCACCCUAACCUCCAUUUUUCAGCCACCAAACCUCCACAAAACUCAUACCAUUCUUCUCCUCUCUUUAUUUUCGUUCCAUCCCUUCCAUUUUCACAAGGAUUGAAGCUCAUUUUCAUCAUUCAAGAGCUAUGGAGUUUGGCCUUCACAAGCAAUCACUAGGGUUCUUGAAGAUGAAGAUUGGCUAAGUUUCUUUGUGGAAUCCUAGAGAGAUGAAGAUGGAGGAUGAGUCUUGAGCUUCAAAUUGGCUAAGUUCUUUUGUUUCCUAUCCUCUUCUCUUUUUACUAGAUGGUUAGAUUCCUUAAUCUAGGGUUUAAUCAUCUUAGCUUAUAAAUUCUAAUUUGAAUUUGAUGUUGAUGUAAAGAGAGAGGAUUG